CCUCUUCCUUCAAAAAAAUGUCCGUCGCUGCACGAUCCAUCCUCAAGGCUUCUCGUCCUUCGGUGUUCCGAGUUGGAACUCAAGUUCGCCUCUCGUCCACCGCCUCAAAAACCUUGUCGCUCAAGGAGCGUUUGGCUGAACUCAUCCCCGCCGAAAUCGAGAAUGUCAAGGCUACCCGUGCAGCCCACGGGAAAAAGUCCUUCGGCCCCGUCCUCGUUGACCAGCUCUAUGGAGGCAUGAGAGGUCUCCCCGCUCUCAUCUGGGACGGCUCCGUCUUGGAUGCUGAGGAGGGUAUCCGUUUCCGAGGCAAGACCAUUCCCGAAUGCCAGGAACUCCUCCCCAAGGCUCCCGGUGGUUCAGAGCCUCUGCCCGAAGGCCUCUUCUGGCUCCUCGUCACCGGUGAAAUCCCCACCCAGGCUCAAGUUGACGCCCUCUCCAAGGAAUGGGCUGCCCGCGCCGCCAUCCCCGAGUUCGUUGAGGAGAUCCUCGACCGAUGCCCUCCCACCCUCCACCCCAUGAGCCAGUUCUCCCUCGCUGUCACCGCCCUCAACCACAACUCUGCCUUCGCCAAGGCUUACCAGGAGGGCAUUAGCAAGAAGGACUACUGGGGUCCCACCUUUGAGGAUGCCAUGGACUUGUACGUCUCCGCAAACCCCCGUUAA